AAAUAGCACGUGCAAAAUUAUUAUUUGCACACGCAAAUUAGCGCUCAUUACUUCUUACCAUUAAAAGUAAACAGGGAAAGGUGAAUGUGAAGACUAUAAACUUGGAUGAGGGGCAUACUUAUCUAGGUCCCUCUGGAUGUCUUGACGUCAAGAGCUCCUGUUACAGAAACUACACCAACCUCUUUGCACCUAUCGUCAUUGACGACGAUGAUGAGGAUGAAGUUCCCAUUCCUGAGGAAACAAAUGACAUGCCCUCAGAAGAAUCCGAACCCACAAUGGUGCAGGCACCUGAAAUAAUUGCAAAUUUGGCACUUGCAAUUGACCGCAAGAAAGUCAGCAGGUUCAAUAUUUCGAGAUCUGAUGUAUGGGAUGGAGCUGUGAGAGGAUUCCGAUGCAUCUCAUACUCCGAUAACAGCGACAUCUUCGUUAAGUUUACUGACGAUGCAGGGUCCUUUGAAGAAGGGUUGGACACAGGUGGGCCGAGGCGAGAAUUCCUCACACUUCUCAUUAAUCACCUGAGAAUCUUCGAUGGACCUCCAGAAAGACGAUAUCUUGUGUACAAUCGCACAGCUGUUAGGGAAGAUGAGUACUUUCGUGCAGGCAAGAUGAUUGCUGUGUCUAUCGUACACAGGGAACCAGCACCACAUUUUCUCUCAAAGGACCUUGUCAACCACAUAAUAGGGAAGAAAAGUUUCAACGCCACUGUGGAAGAUGUAACAGAUGAGGAGAUAGGGAAAGCUCUAUGUCAGGUCCAGGAAGCAGAAACGGAGGAGUCUUUGCAAAAUCUAAUUUUGCAAAACCGCACAAUGUUCCAAACAGAUGGAUGCCUCCGACAUGUCAAAGCUUGUGAGAAGCACACACUCGUGGAGGAGUACCUCAGAUGGUACAUUGUAGACCGCAACCACAUUGCCAUUCAACGAUUCAAAGAUGGACUGGCAAGUCUGCAGUUUUUGACUGCACUGCAGCAGCAUUCUGGUGUGCUGGUUCCUGUCCUAUACCAUUCUUCCAAGGCCCUGACUGCAGCAGAAAUGGAAAGCAUGUUCAGUUCAGACCUCAGCCCAAGAGGAAGCAACAGGCAGCAGAAGGAGGUCAAAAUAAUUGGAUUUUGGGCUGAUUUUCUUCUCGAUUGUGAAGAAAAAGUGACGGCUGUGUCUCUUGAGGAUGUGCUGAUGUUUGCCACUGGUCUAGCAGCAGUUCCAACAGCAGGAAUGACACCCCCUCCAAAGCAUUGAGUUUUUAUCUGAUUCACCUUUUCCAAUGACAAGCACAUGUACAAACAAAGUGAAGCUACCGCUCUUAGAGUCUUUAAGACAAACAUGGAGUUUGGGAUCCAGAAUGCUCUAGGAUUUGGAUGUUUUUAGAUGUGAAAGGGACUUUUAUGCAUAAAAGUGAUUCUGCUCACCUGUGUGAGGGCUUGAAUCCAUUUGAAUCUGUGCAGUUAGCUACUUAUAUUUUUUUUUUUGCCUUUUUUUUUCUCAACAACUUCCUGGUCAGAAUAAUGCCGAAGUACAAGUUCAUGUUUGCUCGUUUGCAUCAGUUACUGUGUCUUGUUAAAAGGAAAUUUGGGACUUGUUAUGUAUCAAAGUGAUUGUUUACCCGUGUGUCUAUACAUUGUUUGAAUCUGUGCAGUGAGCUACUUGCAGGUCUUACCCAUGAAUAUUUCAGAGCUGUGUCCUGAUUUCCGUUUAUUAUUGGACCGUUUCCUGUUUUCACAGCUGAAUAUUUAUUUUAAAAUGCAACUUCAAAU